AUGUCUUCUUCAAACACUUAUACCGCCAUAACUUCUAGCAUCUCAAAAGAGAUCGCCACUACUCCCGCAACGAGCGUCACUUUCUUCGACAAGCCUACAUGGGAUAGAAAGCCCGCCUUCGAGCAUUCUGAGCACGUCCAGGGGGAGUUCAACAAUAUUGGUGAUAAUUGGAGCGAUGACGACUGGCCCACCCAGGAGGCCUUCAACGAUUCCACGUCCCCUGCCACCCCCUCUUCUCAUUCCGACUUCGUCCUUGAAAGUUCAUGGGGCACCGGUCCUGCCGUAGAAAUCCCCGCGUACCACACCCACUUCACAAUCAUAGACAGCAUGGACCAACGAAGUGGGUACACCCACUAUCUACUGGAGAGCAACCGUGGACUCCUCUUCCACGGCCACCAUCCCACCGCCGGAUUCGAAAAACUGAAAGCGAUUGGUGGAGACGGAAGCGAGUUCGCUUCGCUACCAGACAUGAUUCCCGUUGCAGCUAAUUCCUUAUUUCCUCCUCGCCGGGGCUCCAUGACGGAUUUUCAAGGGGAUAAAGACAGCAGGGAGGUGUAUAUGAAGAAACAGGCCCUCCUCAUGCGGGAUCAGUUUAAGAACGAUCACCAUGCCAGUUGUACGUGGCAAGAAGUGUCGCGGUGCGAGCGGAUAAGCAAGGCCCCACACCCCAACCUCGCGCGCUAUCUUGGCGUCGAGACGAGAAGUAUCGGGGAUGAGGCACGGGUGGUGGGGAUUGCGUACCAAAGGUAUACCAUGGAUAUGCACAAUUUCGUGCUUGUAAAGAGGUACUUGCAGCCCCAUCACAUUCCCUUCUUGAUGCAGGGUAUUGAAAAGGGGAUGCACCAUCUUCAUGAACUGGGAUUAGUCCACUGCGAUCUCAGGCCUAUGAAUAUCUUCGUUACUAUUGAAGACCAAAAGGAUGGGAAUGGGCAUGUUGUCUUGAAGGAAGUGGUUAUUGGGGAUUUUGAUGCGAGUGUGGAGAUUGGUAAGAAGGUGGCUUUGAAGAGAGCGAGUAAAGAAUGGUGGCCGACGGAGACAGAGUGGGGCGUGAAGGCGGAAGAGUGGAUUGAUGAGUGGUGUCUUGAGAAGAUGGGGAAGUGGUUGAAGGAGGAUGGAUUGGGGGUUUGGGGGUUUGGGGGUUCUUCGUCGCCAGAAGAGACUACUGAUAAUCUCGCGGACGAGAUUCUUGCGGCGCUGCCUAAUCACGGAUGGUAG